AUGCGUUUACGGACUUUUCUGCUUGUGUUAGGUUUGUUCGGCUACGGGGGCGCAGAGGAUUUUCCGUCCCUGAUAACGGCGAAUGCUUCUAUUGCUGUGGUGCUAGAUCAGCAGUUUCUUGGUGAGGAAUACCAGUCCGUGCUGGAUGAGCUGAAGGACUACAUCAAGGAGUUGACGCGGGUUGCGCUUAAGCACGGCGGAGUUAACGUACAUUAUUUCUCUUGGACAGCAAUUAGUCUUAAGAAAGGUUUCUUAGCUGUCUUCAGCGUUGCCUCAUGUGAAGACACCUGGUCAUUAUUCUCAAGGACAGAGGAGGAAGAGCUCUUGCUAUUCGCGCUAACAGAAGUCGACUGCCCCCGGCUCCCAUCAGACUCUGCCAUUACUGUGACCUUCGCGGACGUAGGGCAGGAGUUGCCACAGCUCUUCCUAGAUUUCAGGACUCGGAGAGCCUUUCAUUGGAAAUCCGCGAUAAUUCUACAUGAUGAUACUUUGAAUCGUGACAUGGUUUCACGCGUGGUGAAGUCCCUGACAUCUCAGAUAGACGACGACGCUGUGUUGUUGUCGGUGACAGUCUUUAAGAUGAGGCACGAGGUCAACGAGUAUUUGAGGCGCAAGGAGGUCUACCGAGUGUUGUCCAAACUACCUGUUAAAUAUAUUGGAGAAAACUUCGUCGCAAUAGUGACAACAGAUGUGCUGAGCACGAUCAUGGAGACGGCUCGAGGGUUGCUCAUGUCACACACCCAGGCACAGUGGCUCUACGUGAUAUCAGACACAAACAGCCGCUUUAGGAAUAUGUUUCACUUUAUCAGUGACCUGCACGAGGGCGAGAACUUUGCCUAUGUGUUCAAUGCUACAGAUGAUGGGGAGGAGUGUAAGAAUGGAAUUCUGUGCUACACUAAAGAAUUGAUGGACGCAUUUAUUUCGGCAUUGGACUCAGCAGUACAAGAAGAGUUCGACGUGGCUGCCCAGGUAUCCGAUGAGGAGUGGGAAGCUAUACGACCGACGAAAUUGCAGCGUAAAGAUACCUUAUUGAAGCAUAUGCAGCAAUUCAUAUCACUUAAAAGCAAAUGCGGAAACUGUACCUCCUGGCAAGUUAAAGCAGGUGAUACCUGGGGUGCCACGUAUAGGGGACGAAGUCUACAUCAGGUGUCAAAAGGGAAAAUGGAAAACAAAACAACCACACAUACGGAACUGUUACAUGUGGGUGUAUGGCGUCCCAUUGAUGGAUUCAAAUUUGAAGAUGUUCUCUUUCCUCACAUUGAACAUGGUUUUCGUGGGAAAGAGCUACCUAUUAUUACGUAUCACAAUCCCCCGUGGACGAUUCUGGAGCACAAUGAAACUGGUUCAAUCACAAAUUACAGUGGCUUAUUAUUUGACAUAGUGAAUCAAUUAGCCAAGAAUAAAAAUUUCACAAUUCGAAUCGUUCUACCUGAUAACAUCAGGAAUAACAGUUCAAACGAAACGGCGAGAGAUAUGACCAGCAGCACAAUUUCUAUGCUGACUAUGACAGCUAUCUCAAGAGGACAAGCUGCUUUGGCUGUGGCAGUUUUUACAGUUCUCACUGAACAAACUCCAGGAAUAAACUACACAAUACCAGUCAGCACACAGUCAUACUCCUUCAUCAUAGCACGCCCGAGGGAGAUGAGUAGAGCACUUCUAUUUCUUCUUCCUUUUACUACUGACACCUGGCUCUGUCUUGGAUUCGCAGUAGUGCUAAUGGGACCCAUGUUGUAUGUCGUGCAUCGCUUGAGCCCUUACUACGAGGCGAAGGAGAUCCAGCGAGAAGGAGGCUUGUCCACCAUACAUAACUGCUUGUGGUACAUCUAUGGAGCUCUACUGCAACAAGGUGGCAUGUACCUUCCCCGUGCCGACAGUGGUCGUCUAGUGGUAGGAACGUGGUGGAUCGUGGUGCUAAUAGUGGUCACCACGUACUCCGGAAACCUGGUAGCGUUCCUAACGUUCCCCAAGUUCGAGAUCCCGAUCACCACUGUGUCGGAGUUGUUGGAGAGUAAGACUUACACGUGGUCUAUCAAACAAGGGUCUUUCCUGGAAACGCAGUUAAAGGAUUCGGAUGAACCGAAAUACGUGUCAUUACUAAAGGGAGCUGAGAUCACAUCUGCUACGGGCGGCGUGGACGGCAACAUGGCGGCCAGCUCCAGUUCUACCAUCCUCAACCGAGUCCGCAAGAACCGGCAUGCACUGAUCGACUGGAAGCUGCGUCUGCGAUACCUCAUGAGAGCAGAAACUUUGAAGAGUGAUACUUGUGACUUUGCUUUAAGCACAGAGGAGUUUAUGGAUGAACAAGUGGCAAUGAUCGUGCCUGCUGGAAGUCCUUACCUCAAAGUAAUAAAUAAGGAAAUAAAUCGCAUGCACAAAGCGGGGCUCAUCACAAAGUGGUUGAGCGCUUAUUUACCAAAGCGUGACCGGUGUUGGAAGACCUCAGCCGUGGCACAGGAGGUCAAUAAUCACACAGUUAACCUCAGUGACAUGCAGGGCUCCUUCUUUGUACUCUUCUUAGGAGUUUUCACCGCAAUGACUGUUUUGCUGUUAGAAUGGAUUUUCAACAGACGCAAGAAAAUUGUCGAGCAAAUAGUUAUUAAACCAUAUAUGGAUUAA